CUCCCGCUUCCCUGUUGUUAAAACUACAUUUCCCAGCAGCAGCAGCGCCGCCCCGUCUGACAUAACUCAACCAUUCUGUCGUAACAGUUAAACAUGGCGGCGGUCGGACCUCUAUCAAGAAUCUCCAGACUCGGCCACAGCAUCUGCAGGAGCCACCGUUUAAUAUUUAACAGGAGCUCUCAGAGACGAGGAAUAGCUUCAUGUAUCGACCCUGGUCAUGGACUCUCAGAUGAACAGAGGGAGUUUCAGAAAGUGGCCUUUGACUUUGCAGCCAAUGAAAUGGCUCCACACAUGGCAGAGUGGGACCAGAAGGAAAUGUUUCCUGUUGAGACGAUGCGGAAGGCAGCCCAGUUGGGGUUUGGUGGGAUUUACGUUCAGCCGGAUGUUGGAGGAUCAGGUCUUUCUCGACUGGACACGUCAGUCAUCUUUGAGGCCUUGUCCACAGGAUGCGUCAGCACCACAGCUUACAUCAGUAUCCACAACAUGUGUGCCUGGAUGAUAGACACCUUUGGCAAUGCUGAGCAGAGGGAGAAGUUCUGCCCUGACCUCUGUGCAAUGGAAAAGUUUGCUUCUUACUGUCUCACUGAACCAGGCAGCGGCAGUGAUGCUGCUUCCCUUCUUACAACUGCACAGAGGAAAGGUGACCAUUACAUCUUAAAUGGUUCUAAGGCCUUCAUCAGUGGAGGAGGAGACACAGACGUAUAUGUUGUGAUGUGCCGAACUGGAGGCAAAGGAGCCAAAGGUAUCUCAUGUUUGGUGGUAGAGAAGGGAACUCCAGGCCUCAGUUUUGGCAAAAAAGAAAAGAAGGUGGGUUGGAACUCUCAGCCAACCAGGGCAGUGAUAUUUGAGGAUUGUGCCGUGCCAGUGACCAACCGGCUUGGUGAGGAAGGACAAGGCUUCACCAUCGCCAUGAAAGGCCUGAAUGGAGGCAGGAUUAAUAUUGCAUCCUGUUCUCUUGGGGCGGCACAUGCCUGCGUACAGCUGGCAAGGGAUCACCUGUUGGUACGCAAACAGUUUGGAGAGACGCUCUCCAACAACCAGUUUCUUCAGUUCAAACUGGCAGAAAUGGCCACCAAGUUGGUUGCGUCUCGCCUUCUGGUGCGUGAAGCUGCGACGGCGCUUCAGGAGAACCGGUCUGAUGCCGUUUCCCUCUGCUCCAUGGCCAAGCUCUUUGCCACAGAUGAGUGCUUUAAUAUAUGCAACCAGGCUCUUCAGAUGCAUGGCGGGUACGGUUACCUCAAAGACUACGCAGUGCAGCAGUUUGUCCGUGACAUCCGAGUACAUCAGAUCCUGGAAGGAACAAAUGAGGUGAUGAGGAUGAUCAUCUCCCGAAAUCUGCUGACAGAGUCAUGAUAAAUCUCUUUCCUGGACCUUUAAGUGACUUUAAGUGACUUCAGUGAUGACCAUAUUGUGAUGGUCUGAACUUCUGGUUUGUUACAGUGUGACUGGUUUCCUCUGUUGCCCUCUGCAUCAUAGCUGUUCCAAAGGUGGCAAAGGUCAUAAGAGGAUUUGGGAUGAGUCAGUCAACAAAACUUAGAUAUUUAACUAUAAUAAUGCUCUAAAUAUGGCAAUAUCAAUGUGUCAGUUUGCGGUUGAUCAUUGGUUCAGAGUGAAAUAUCUCAGUAACUAUCGGAUGGAUUUCCAAGAACAUUUUGCACUUUCAUGGUUCAUUGAGGAUGAGUCCUAAAGACACGGCCAUCCCCUGACUUUUUAUGUAGAGCCACCUGCAGGUUCAUUCAUAUAACACUUGAGUUCAUGAUAGCAUACCACUUAUAGUAAUGACCCAAUUUCCAGCUAUACUUUGAGAAUAAUGCUAAUAUAGCAUGCUAAUAUUCUAGCUACAGGCAUGUCAACAUUAGCAUUUGGCCCAAAGCACAGCUGAAAGCACAACUUCAGUUGACAACUUACUUACGUAUGAAAGUACAGAAUGCAACUGAAGGCUGAGCCUGAGCAGCUUAGUCUGAGCUGUUAUACAGUAUAAUGGCCACCGCACAGAGGGUGAACCUGUUUUGAUUUAGGUAACUACAUGGCGUAAAAAAACAUUUAGGUUUUCUCUCACUUUUUUUUUUUUAUCCAACCAUUUUGUUUCUUGUGGGGCCGCCAGCAUGACUGGACUUACUCUUGUUUUUCUAUAAAGGCUGCUCAUUAGAACUUUUUCACUUAAUUUGAGAUUCUAACUGUUUCCUCUUUUAUUUAAAAAAGAAAACAUAGACACUAACUUUAGUAUUAAACGCUGUGGUUAUUCUGUUGUGGUAAUGUGUAUGUUACACAUCUAUAACACAGGCAGUUAAAACAUCUCUAUCCUCAAGUGGCCUUCCAGAUCUCAUUCACUGUAUGUUCAUGGUUACUGUAUUUUACCCCAUUGUGUGUUGUGUAGUAUGUAAAAAAACAGCUAUAUGGGAUGUGUACUGUGGAUUAUGUGUCACUUUGCCAACUGUACUUGCUGUUCACACUCCAAAUAAAAUGAUCUCAGCUUUUAUGAAAG